AUGCUUGAUUUCUUUAUAUUUCUAACGGAAGGUGGAAUUAUUCUCUGGGUCACGGUAAGUUCUCGACCAUUUGAUAAAACUAAAAAAUUUAAAGAAACUGCAGAAGAAUCAAAAAAAUGCUUCGUCUACGUAAUGGAAAGAAAGGACGUGGUGGACGAAGACAGAUUAGAAUUGUACAAAAACGAUCUAACUAAUCUAAUGUUUCAUCAGAAUGAUCAUGUUUACGAGUGGAAAUUACAAGGCGGCCAAAAACUUAUCACAGUUCUUAACAAAAAAACUUCCGAAAAGAUUAAAGAAUUCUUAGGAAAAGAUAAAAAAAACAGAUAAUUGCAUUAGGUAUGAUCUCCUAUUUUCUGAAAUUAAAG